CGAUCCGUGGUUUGAGCUCGAAAGCGAAAUCAAAUCGAAACCGAAAGCCAAGCCGAGUUGAGGUGAGCUUCGUGUUGGACUCUUUCAGAAGAAUACCAAAGAGAAGCUUUGGCUUUUUUGGCUUCUUCAGCCGAGGUUGUGUCUUUCAGUCGGUUUUUUGGCAGCCGAUCGCGCGGAUGCGGCUUAGAAAAAAGCGGGUUCAAUAAAUCUUCAAAAAGUGUUAAAACUUCUGGCAAUUGACAUUUGAAGGGGCCAUUCGAAAGGUGAGCUCAGGUAAUAAUGGCCGAACAGAAGCAGCUGGAAAUAAUUGCAAAUGAGACAUCAUCAGUCACCGGAUUGAGACGUCAGCCCACCAAAUAUCCCCAUGGCCUCAACAUCACGGUCCAGACCAUCGACGAUGAUAGUUUGGUCUCUGUGAAAGAUCCCAGCGACUACUCCCGCACCACAGGCGAAUCGUGCUGGAGUGAGACACAGAAAUACCAUAUUGGAAUGCUGGGCAGUCCCGAGACUCUGGCUGAACUUCAAGUUCGACGCUAUAAGUACCCAUUGACGGCCAAUUACUAUUUGAAUGGCAAAUUGGAUAAUUUGGAGAAGCCAACACCCUGGAUGAUGUUGGGCUAUGCUCGACGCGCCUGCAGGUGGAAAUAUCUAAGGUGGCCCAUUAUUUUCGUGGCCAGUGUCUUGCUUUUCUUCGGACUGAUCACCUACUGUCUGUGGCUGCACGAUGUCAGUGUGGCUAGAGCCAAGUUCCUUCAGCGUCGCUAUGAAGCCACUCUGACAUCCACGAGUUCGAAUAGCAAUGAGGUUUGGGAUGAGGAAACCACCAGCACCACCGAACGUGAGCCCCAGGAAACCACACGACUCAGAGCGAUGGCUGAUGAUGGGGAUAGCACAGAGUUGCCUGAAAUAUCAUUUGCUGAGGAUGGUGAUUCGGAGGAUGGGGACGAAGAUGGCGAUGCCGACUAUGAUGACACCUUGCUGCCAGCGGAUAGCAUCAGAUUCACCUCAGGGCAUCAGAAUAGCUUCGGGGUACCCAUCGAGCAGGACAAGCGAAUGUUGCAGUUGCUCAAAGACUUACUGCCCAAACCCCAGGCGACUCCUGCUGGCAACGAGCAUCCUUUGACCCGUGUGUCCCCUACCCUGCCGCCUCCCUCGUCGGCCAGUGGGCGGCCAACACAAGCAAUGACCUUGACCACCCCCUCGACGACAAACAGUGGCUGCCAGUCGACCAUGCUGCCGAUGUGCCAGGGUGUGCUCGACUAUGAUCUGACCUACAAUCGUGAGGGAGCUGCUCCGCGGGAUGCGGUCUCAAUGGCUGCCUACGAGCAGCUCAUCCGGUCCAACUGCUCGGCGAGGGCGGCUGAAUUUGUUUGUGGGGCUCUGGAACCAGAGUGUCGACCCUUGCAUAUUGGACAACUGCCGCCAUGUCGGCGCAUCUGCAAGGCCAUUCUAGAGGCCUGUUCCGUAGUGAUUGCCAACUCGGAUGUCCUGAGUGAGCUCUUCGACUGCAACCUCUAUCCCGAUGCCCAUGAGAGUCACAAAUGCGAGGAUUCCACUAGGAGGCGGGAUCAUUGCUAUGGAAAUGAGUUCCAGUGCCAUGAUGGGAGUUGCAUUCCCCAAAACUGGCAGUGUGACAAGAUCAAGGAUUGCCUGGGUGGCGAGGAUGAGGAUGAGCAAUGUUUGAUUUGCGAACAGGACGAGUUCCGUUGCCGUUCGAAUGAGAAAUGUAUACCAGAAAAGUUGAGAUGUGAUCAAAACUUCGAUUGCUUCGAUGGCAGUGAUGAGGAUGAUUGCGAUGAGUACGGAUCGGGAGACUUGGGUCCUUUCGAUGAGGCCGAACUGAAUGCCUUUCCAAGGGUCUUUUCAUAUGCCAGUUUCUUGUCGCCAAACGAGACGAAUGAUAAGCUAUAUACCUAUAUAACGGCGACGACAGACGAGGAUGCGGGCACGGAGACCAAAUUCCAGAUUCACAAGGUGGCUGCUCCAGCUCCACCACCGGUUAAUACUAGUGCAGAGGAACCAGCUGGUGGAUCAAAAGGAUUUGUGAACUUUCGUGACAGCAAAGAGAUUAUGAUGACCAGCGAUUCGGAGAACAAGUUCAAAUAUUCCCAGAGAGCGAAUCGCACUUCUGUGAAGUUUAGCACGUCCGCGCCCACAACUCCGGCGGCCAGAACGGCAAGUGCGAUUCCCAGUUCGGCCUUGGCUCAGCAGCGUGAAAGGGACAGGGCCAUAAGUACUACUAGCACCACUAGUGCCCCUUCAACCACAACCACAUUUGACCCACCCACAACUAUGCCUGAGCUCUAUGAAGUGGUCACCACGCCAGGUGGCUGUCGCCCCCAUGAACUUCGCUGCGUGAGUGGCAAGUGCAUUACAGUCAGUCAAUUGUGCGAUAAGCAAAUUGAUUGCCCCGAUGCUGCCGACGAAAUAAUGUGCGUUUAUCGGGAACGUCCUAUUGGGAGGCGGCCACUUUUUACCAUCCCGACCACGGAUCCACCCUCAACAUCAUCAUCAGCACCACCAGAAACAAGUACUAUGACGACCACCACUUAUCCGGUGACUAGUACAAAGCGUUCGCCGAGGACCACGCCCAACCGAAGUCGAAAGCCCAAGUCUUAGAGUGAUGUAUCUUGUAUCUAAUGUUUAUUUAUAUCUCUAUUACUUCCCCCAUCAUCUAUGUAUUUUCUAUCGCUCGCUAUAUGUAUGAUAAAUCUAUGAUAUCUGUAAAUCUUUGCUAGUGGCUAAGUUGAUUAGUGUUUAGAGUUGUUUGACUAUUUUUAUGUGCGUGAAAUUGUAUUUUUAGCAAUGAAUAAAGUAUAAGAUGUGAGUAAUCUUA